ACUCACACACACCAUCACCACCUUCGCGAGUCGCCACCACCACUGACUCCUCUCUCUCUCCCCUUCCACUACUCAAACCCUCCCCAACGCAUCCGCCAUUGUUGGAGCUUCCACAUCCCGACAAUGGCAGCGGCGCUCGAGUGCUGGUCCGCUCGGUCCAGCGCUGACGAGGACUCGGCGGAGCUCCUGGUGCUCAUGAACCCCUCCCCCCCCUCCUCCUCUGCAGCCGCCGCUGCGGCCUCCUCUCCUUACCCGUCUCCGGCGGACCUCGGCGGGGGCGGCGCCGCUCCUCCCCCCAAGAGGUGGCGGCGCCUCCGCCGAAACUUCGCCGGCGCCAUUGCCACCCUCGUGAGCUCCCUCACCCUCGACCCCUCCUCCUCCUCACCACCUACGCCGCCGCGCUCGGAGAAGCUCGCCUCCACCCUACGCCGCCACUUCGAUUCCCUUCCCAGUAGCUAUGCACUAGUGGGAUUCGAGAUGAACACCGUUCUCCUGCACGCUCGAUUGGUCGAGCAAUCGUGGAUCGAAGACCAACCGGCUAUUCACAUCGAGGAGUUCGAUGAUGUGGGAUUAGCAUUUAAGGUUACAUUCGCUUGUACCUCGCCGAUUUCAUGGCCUUCGAUCUCAACCGACCUUCAAUCCUCUUCGAUUUCAUGUAAAAAGGUUCAAAUUUUCGAGAAGAAUGGUUUAACUCUCGGAAUCGUAAUUGUACUAAUUCAGCCUAUAAGCAAAAUGCACUUCAAGUCUCAGAUAGAAGUUGCUUUAAAAUCUGCCAUGAAGAAGCCGAGGACGAAUGGUGUUAAGCUCCCGUUCGGGCUUUGUGGUUGCCAAGAUGAGAGUUUGAACCAUUGUGAAGGGGAUUCGAGGCUCGACGAAGAUGACCGCCACAUGUUCGAUGAUGGGUCCCUUCGAGAAGGGAAGCUUCUGAGCCCUCUUCCCGAAUCUUCACUGGUUGUAUCGAUUGAUGAGUGGCAGAGUAUUCAAUCCAGUGGGCAAGAGAUUGCAAGGUGGGUGAUUAGUUCUGAUGAGGUCGAGUUCAUAGAUAGGGUCGGCCCCAGUUCCUUCAAAGGUGUUUAUAGAGGGAAGAAGGUGUGGGUAAAGAAGCUGAGGGGAUGUGAAAGGGGAACUGCUUAUGAUAUUGAGAUUAGGCAUGAUUUAUUGCAGCUUAUGAGCUGUGGACAUGCGAACAUACUUCAAUUUUACGGCAUUUCUUUUGAGGAGAAUCAUGGGCUAUGCAUUGUUACAAAGAUGAUGGAGGGAGGAUCUGUUCAUGAUGUUAUACAGAGGAAUGAGAAAAUACCCAUGAGAGAGGUUGUUGGUAUUGCAUUGGAUGUUGCAGAAGGGCUUAUGUUUGUGAACGAUCAUGGGAUGGCUUAUAGGGAUCUUAGCACGCAGAGGAUUCUGCUGGAUAGGCAGGGGAAUGCUUGCAUUGGGUAUGCGGGUGUGGUUACUUCUUGUUGCAAUGCCGGGGAGGUCAAAGAGUACGAGAUGGCUGGGUAUCGGUGGCUCGCUCCCGAGAUUAUUGCCGGCGAUCCAGAGAGUGUGUCAGAGACUUGGAUGAGCAAUGUAUAUAGCUUCGGGAUGGUGCUAUGGGAGAUGGUAACAGGGGAGGCGGCAUAUUCUUCUUACUCCCCGGUUCAAGCUGCAGUUGGAAUCGCCGCUUGCGGAUUGAGGCCAGAAAUUCCUAAAGACUGCCCACAAGUUCUGAGAUCACUGAUGCUCGAGUGCUGGAACAGUUCUCCAUCGAAGCGCCCUAAGUUUUCGGAGAUAAUCGAUAUCUUACAAAGGCAAAAGUAUUAGGUAAUCCUCCCAAAAUUUGCUUUCUUUUGGCUUUUGUUUGCAGUUUAGAGAUGUCGAAAAGGCAAAUUUUCUGCAUCCAAAGUGCUUACUUGAUGUAAUUUCCUUACAAGGCUUCCUCUCUGCAUAACUAUAAAAUGCAGUUGAUUAAUUUCUUUCUCUAUAUUCAAUCGCAUCGGUCAAUAUUUUAGGAUCUUAUUUGAUAAGAUUUGGGUAUUGGCUUCGAUGGUUGGAACAUGGAUCUCAUGUUCCUGUUCUCUUUAUCCUUUUGAUCAAUAGAUAUGCUAUCAUCAUCUGUA